AGAGUUAAUGGUGGGUGAGGGCUCUGGUGGGUCGUGGAGUCAGGCACUGCUUGAAUAUAGCUGCUUGUGAAAGUGCUGUGCAGUUUUCUGGGUUUAUGGAUUCGCUGACUGUGGAAAAUGUACUUCUCUAUUGUGGUCCUUGUCCUGACUAGGACUCUGGUCACAGAGGUAUGUGACGCCCUGAAUGUGACAGUGACCCCUGGGCCUGUUAUCACGGUAGCAGAAAAAGACAACCUGACACUGUCCUGCCUGGUUUCUCAGAGGAAGAGAAGCAGCAGUGUCCUCAUUCUUCGCUGGUUCUUCUCUCCCCUUGCUGCUCCCACUCUCACACCUCCUCCUCCCCCUCCAUCCCCCAUUUCACCUCCAUAUGGGCCCUCUCAGGUCCUUAUUGGGAAGAUUGGUAUGAAAAAAAUGAAGCUGUAUGGGAAUUACACCCGUCGUUUCCCCCAGCCAAAGUUUCGCCUGUAUGAGGAAACGGAGGGGAAGGACUACCGAUUACGGGUUCUCAAUGUUACAGGGAUGGACCAGGGUUUCUACAGCUGCAGAGUUCAGGAGAUCCACAAACACAGAAACACAUGGAAAGCCUCAUCCAAUGGUACCAGCACCACACAGCUGACAGUGCACUUUACUCUUGAUGAUGCUAGCAGUGAAGGACUGUGGCAUUUAUUUGCAGACAUGUAUCUGUGCGCUGUGGUCAUCUGUUCACUGGGCCUGUUGUCCAUUUUCCUAUUCACUCUGGUUCUCACUUGCCAGUACUUUCAUAGAAGACACAGGCUCAAAGUCAGUUACCUUUUGGUGAAGUGUCCAGAAAGCAGCUCAGGAGAGACGGUGACUAGCUCCAACAGUUUGUCCAGUUGCUCACCAAAGGCACAAAGGAAAGAUACAAGACAAAAAACUGACAGAAGAGUAACAGUAACACCACCGAAACUACCAGAAGAACCACCACCGCACAUACAAGCCAAAGUGCCUGUCAGUGCAAAGAGACCUAGGAAGCCCAGAAGGUUAAAGACUCAGUUGAGAUCUGCUGCUCCUCAAGGAUCACAGGAGGAUAGUUUGACAUACGCAGAACUGGAGCUGGUCAGACCGAGACCGGAGCCCACAGCAUCCACCAGCUCCAACCCCACACCCUCCAGCCCAGACACUGUCUAUGCUCAGAUCCUCUUCCAGGAAAAACAGCUGUAAACACAGCAGCCUGGUACCUCCUGGUGAGGGCAGAGACUCAGCUUUCUAAACUGAGCAGUGGCAUCACAAGGACUAUAUUUAUGAACUAUCAGUAUGGUAUUUAGCAUUUGUUUUUUUGGCUGUAAGUACAUGACAACUGUUAGUAAAUGAGGGUUUUGUGUUUCCUUGGCACAGUUCCAUUCCAGCACAGCAGUUUUGCAUCUUAUAAUUCUGUUGUUUUUUUGGUUGGCAUCGCUGGCCUGUUAGCCAGAUGUUUCUAAGAAUGCUCUUACUGUUAACUAUUUAGUAUAAACUCAGGAGGAUCUGUGGAAAGAGACUUGUCCAGGCUUUCUUACUGGAGUGUCAGA